CCCAGAAUAGACACAGAGAUGAGGAAGUGAGAAUUGCAGGACUUGGUUCUACACAAGAAGAAAUCAUGCGCUACCAUUUGCUUUUCAUUUUCUUCAUUCCACGCACUGUUAGCUGGACGUGGUCAGAAAAGCAGUUAUCGCUUCAAACUGGAUCAUCGGUCACCAUCCCGUGUCAUUAUGAUAUCAAAUAUAUACAACAUAAGAAGUACUGGUGCUAUAAUGCUGGGGGAGCAUUUAAUUACUGUAAGAUUCUGGCUUAUGAAAAUACUACAGAAGAUAGAGUAACAGUGACUGAUUAUCCAGCUCAGAGUCUCUUUACUGUGACUAUGAGAGAUCUGCAGAGUGGAGACACUGGAAUGUACUGGUGUGCUGUGGAGAUUGGAGGACUAACUGAGCUAGAUGAUAAAACGGAUCUUUAUCUCACAGUACAGUCAGAUCCUGAUCUGUCUGUAUUGGAGAGCAGUGUGAGUGGUCAGGAAGGGGGCAGUGUCAGUGUCCAGUGUCUCUACAGUGCUGGAUAUCAGAAUGAACAGAAGUGGUGGUGCAGAUCUAAAGACCAGAGGUGCUACACAGUGGGAAGGACUGACACAUCCCAGAAUUCAGCAGUGCAGAUCAGUGAUGAUGGGAGAAGUUCCUUCAGUGUGGAGAUGAGUGGACUGCAGAAGAGUGAUGCUGGCUGGUACUGGUGUAAAACUGGAGAUCUGCAGGUUCCUGUUCAUCUCAGCAUCACUCAAGGACAUUCAGUUCACAGCAUCAUGGCUGCCUGCCUCACUGUACUUCUGCUGCUGAUGCUUUUGGCUGGUGUAGGAUUCUGGAUUCGGAGAAAGAGACGCACAACAACAGAGGAAAAGCAGACGGAAAUCAGAAAGAAAAACCCUGGCCAAGAUGGACACACUGAAACCAAAGAUUUAUCAUACAGUACAGUUAUUUUCAACACAGACAAAAAGAAAAUAAAUCAGAGGAGCCCAGAAAUUCAGACCUGUUUUCCAUCUGAAGACCCAGUGACCUACAGCACCUUGAGUACCAUGAAGCGAAGGACAGAACUAUGAUAUAUUUUUUCAUGAUUCAACACAUUGCAACACUUUAGCUUUUUAUAUGCUUCAUAGGCUUCUGAGGAUUUGUUAACUAUAUACACGUUUGAGCAAAAUACUUUGAAAAAGUACACUGUCCUAAAUGAAUUCAGUAAUGUAUCCUGUUAAAACACAACACAUAACAUUUACCAUUUAAAUUAAGUUCUGAAAUUCUAAAUAUAUUUUCUCUCUCACCCUAGAAGGCAUUUGAUCAUUCCUUAAAAAACCUUAGUAGUGCUCAGAUAAAUAACUGGCUCAUCAUAUUGAUUUAUCAGUCUAGUUGGGCUUUAGCAGUGCUCAGUGAAACUGAGAUUAGUAAUUGAUCAUCACAUUGAUUUGUUAGUCUACUCAGGCUUUAGCAGAGCUCAGUAACACUGAGAUGAAUAACUGAUCAUUACAUUGAUUUGUUAGUCUACUCAGGCUUUAGUGUCUGUAAAGAAGCAUUCAGUGUUUGUAAAGAAGCCAUUAAGUUCCUCUUUAGAGUUUGUCUAAUGAGCAUGUUUUUAAAUUACUCAAUAAAUAAGCAUUGAUUAUG